AUGGGUAUGCUCGCGUUCGUUGCCCUGGUUGCUUCAGCGCCUGCUGUCUCCUACGGUCCUCCAGCAUCCCUCUGUGCCCCAACCACAGUCUUCGUGACCAUCUCUUCGCUUUCGACCGUCACCAUCUACAACCCUUCUCCAGAGACCACCUACGUUACUCGCCCUUGCAGCUCUGAGACCGACCCAGGUACUCCAACCACUACCUUGACGCGCCACAGCACUCUGGUCACCACAGCGUACCCACAAGUCGACACGAUCCUUCUUACAACUCCUGUCCGCGCCUCCACACAGCUUCCUGAGAACGCUGCGACCACGGAAGCACCAAACUACGUUGCUACGAUCACCGAGACCACCAUUCUUGUCAUCACCAAUGUUCAACUCACUCCAUACCAAUCUGGUGGCCAUCUCACCUACAGUGAGACUGCCGCUCCCAACGGCCUCCUUCAAUUUGUGGUCGAGAAUGGUACCACGUAUUGGUUGAAUGGCCAGACUCCUGCUCCUUCCCAGUCAUACAUGAUUCAAACCAGUGUCGUGACCGUUGAACCCGUCCCUGAAGCUUCUGCUACUUCUGACGAGACGAGCACGGUUCACUUGACACGCUAUUCCACUCAAAAAUUCACCAUCACCGAGGCGCUUUCUUCCUCGAGCGCAGCCAGAGCCGCAUCAAGCCACACUGAGCAGCCCACCACCAAGUCACUUUCAACCUCAUGCUUGACCAGCACUGCAUCAAGCUAUAUCGCAACCGGCUCAACAUUCACGGGAAUCGGUGCUGGAGGAUGGAAUGCAACUUCAACCACGCGUUCCGGCUCCCAGAGUGGAGCUAUUGGUUCUCCAAGCACGCUCUCUCUGAUGCCGCUACUUCCUUCCCAGCCACUUAGCCUCGCUACCACAUUCUCUCUUCUGUCUCUGACUAGUCUGGCUGCGCAGUCAGGCUUCAAUGCUUUCAGUACAUCGUCAGCGCUCGGCUCGGCCUCAACUCCUGGUGGAACUUAUACUUCUACGAUUGUUCCACCAUAUGCCAAUACCACCUCACCGGCUUCAAGAUCCUCGCCUUAUUCUGGCAGUGCGGUACAAUCUGCUUCAAAUUCAUUCCCGAGCAGCUACUCUGCAUCACAGGUCUUCAACUCCACCACCGUUAAGCCGUCAUAUACCACCGUUCCUGUGCCGGCUAGUACAACUACUCCGUCUUCGACAAGCUUGAACCAGACCUCGACAUCUGCUUCCUCCGCAGCAUCUGCUACAUCAAGCAACUGUGGCGAGUAUGGAGACUUCACACUCACCUUUGACGAUAUUCCCCCGUUGAGCGUCUCCAACCCCAACCCCGAUGACGUUCAACCAGAGCCUGUCUUCAAUCCAUAUCACCAAUUUGACUUCUCGGAUGGUUUUGUCGUCGUUCCGCCGCCAAGAUCUCCAUACCUGCCGUCCUCGAAGCCUCUGUUUACCGAGUUCAUCCCCAACUUCAACAUUAAUGGCACCAACCCCAUGGCUGGACCCACCACUGCGGAGUACGGCUAUUCUGGGGACAUUGGCAACGGCGAUCAUGGCCUGACUGGCUGUUUCAGCUUCAACAUGUAUGGAGCAUCCUUCGGCUGCGAUUCCCGCGGUCCAGACUGCGUCUUCCAUUUCACUGGUUACCGGUACAAUAGGAGCACCCGCAAUACCACCGCAGUCACCUCCCAGAGUAUCUCUGUUCCGGCUUGUCCUGCCCUGGCUAGUUGCACAUUGACCCCCAUCACCCUGGACAACAGCUUCAGCAACCUCGAUUCCAUCCGCAUCAACGUCACCGUGGGUUCCGCUCCGAAGAUCUGGUGGAUGGACGACCUCCGAUUGGGCUGGUUCGACAACUCCUGCAAGGCCGGCCUCUGCCGAGUCUCCACCCCAAUUCAUUGA